AUGUCGAGCUCGCCUCGUUUCUGGGCCACGCCCCUCAGGUACUGCCGCUGGGCGGCCCGCGAGAGGCCGGCGUACUUCUGGUCCGUCGUCAUUGGCUCCAUGGGUCCCGUCACCCUCCUCGUCGUCCCACCCAUCAGGUACCGCCUCGGAGACGUCGACGCCCCCGAGAUUCCUAUGACAUACCCGAUUCCCAGGGGCCCAAGGAAGAAGUUGACCGGCUAUGACGAUGACACUGAAACUGCAUGA